GACAGCCAGACGAACAAACUGUGGGAGAGUGGUGUCACAAAAUUCGAUUAUUACCAUCACCGCGCACAAAAACAAAAGAUGGACCACAAAUCGGGCGAAAACUGUUUGAUGUGCGCGAGAAAGCCGCUCAAUUUUUACCGUCUUCUAGACGAGAACAACGAUACAGAAAUAAGCAGCCACAUUAUUAGCGGUGUACUUUGCCAGCAUUUCUGGUUUCGGGAUGAUGACUUACGGGAUUAUGUCAUCUGCAAGAUUUGCUGGGAGAAGGUUAGUGAGUUUCACGAGUUCUACUUGGAUGUGGAGAAAUUGCACCAGCGGAGGGAACCCAUACCGUUGCCAGUGAUCGUCAAGGAGGAAGAGGAAGAGUUUAUUUUAGACAUUGUCACGACUAAAAGUUCUACGGAGCUAAAGCAAGAAUUGAGCCCGGAGGAACAGACGGUAGCUUCUGCCGAUCAGCAAGAUUCCGAGCAAGAAGAGGGAACCCAUUCGGAAUACGAACCCGAAGUUGUCGCACAGAAGCCUCGUGUGAAGCGAAAGUACACCAGAAGGGCGGAAACUAGACAGCAGAAGGAGGGCAAGAAAGACAAAGCCGCUUAUCUGUAUCCACCGAAGACGCCACAAGAACGCGAAGCAGAAGACAUAUUCAUCAAACAGCACACGCGAUAUGUUUGCGAGGACUGCAACGUUGAGUUUGAACAGUUUCACGUGUUUCAGCGGCAUUGCUCACAGAUACAUAAGAAGGAGGGUUUCAUAACGUGUUGCGGUAUUCGACACCGCAAGCGGUCCGUGCUUUACCAACAUGUUCAGUUUGUCAUGAAUCCGGAUGCGUUCAAAUGUGAGAUUUGUGGAAAAUCUUAUAAGAAUCGUUUCGGCUACAACCGCCACAAGAAAGAGAGCCAUGCUACAGAAGUGGAACGUGCCUUUAAGUGCCACCGUUGUCCCAAGUCAUUCGUCAGGGAAAGUGCUCUGAAAAAACAUCUAUCCGAUCACGAAACGUUAGAUAACGGGACGGCAAAGUGUGAAACGUGUGGGAAGUGUUUCAGUAACAUCAAUAUCCUGAAGAAUCAUAUCAAGUAUCGUCACGUCAAGCAGAUGCAAUACAUUUGUGAUGUAUGUUCGAAGGGAUUCUUCAUGCGAUCAACUUUUCUGACCCAUCGCAAGACGCACGAAGUGCCCGCGGAAGAGCUCCGCAAGCAGUGUCCGGUUUGUUCGAAGUGGUGCAAAAAUCAUGACUACUGGCGUGUACACGUGCGUCGCCACAAGAACGAAGGGGAACUAAGCUGCGACGUUUGCGGUCACAUCUCUCCCAAUCUAAUGGCUUUGAAGGGUCACAAGGCACGGAUGCACUCGGGACCACGCGUUUUCCCCUGUACACUCUGUGGGAAGGAGUACGCGCGAGCAAUCACCCUCAAAGAACAUGUCGCGGCGGCCCACACCGGAGACGUACUGUAUAACUGUCCGCACUGCGAGAAGACGUUCAACUCGAGUGCUAAUAUGCACUCCCACCGGAAGAAGAUGCACCCAAAGGAGUGGCUCGAGCAGCGGUUGGCCAAAUACGGCAACAAGGAUGCUGUGCCGGGUACUAUUAGAGAUUUCUAAAUUUUUCAUUUAUUUGAUUAUCGAUUAUUCGUUGGGACAUUUUACAACAAUGUUUUUUAAUUUAUUUCUAAAAAAUAUUCACGCCGGGACAUACAAACUUUUUCGAAAAGCCACGGAAUGCAUAAACUGAAAAAACUACUGACUAGAAUCGAACUAUGGUUCGCAGUGCCAAUAGCUGAGGUUCACUACGAUUCAAAUACACUUUAAGAGUGGACACGACACCACUAAAAGCAUUAUGAUUAAAGUAUGUAUAACGUAUCACGUUGUCAUUGUGGUCGCAUGUUCUAUCGGGUUGUCUAUGUUGGAUAAAAAAUUGCACUUAACUCUUAACCUAAAUUGCAUUAACCUUGAAAAUGGCUCCUUCUUUUAUUAAUCGCGAUUACUAUGACAAUCAGUGCUCCUGUGGCCGAGUGGUUAGCGCCCACACUAUCAUGCCGGGGGUUCGGGUUCGAUUCCCGUUCUGGCCGGGGAAUUUUUCGUGAAAGAAAAUUCUUCCGACUUACACUGUGGUCACGCGUAUUCCAGAGCUUUUCACUCCAGAGUACAUUCAAGGCGUGUUAUUCGGCAUAGAAAUCUCAACCAAAUACUACUAAUAAAAAUGACGCAAGUAAUGCUACGUUGAGAAGGCAAAAGUUCCAGUGGAACGUUAGUGCCAUCCAAGAAGAAAAAGAUGACAAUCAUUUUUUUUAUCCCAUUUAUUUAUCAGGCUCAUUAGCAUUUUAUCUGUAACAGAGUCGGGUUUUUAUCGUGUACAUGUACAUAUGUUUAUGUUUCUAUAAAUUGUAAAUUACACAGUAGAAGUAGUAGCCAUUUAGGCGUUAGGUUUUCUGUUCCAUUACAUUAUGGUAAAUUACACUGUAGUAGCCAUUUAGGCGUAAGGGUAUUGUUCUUCCAUUAUUCAGCAGACCGGACAGCGGAGACAGUUGAUAUUGAUCAUUGUUGGGUUAUUUAUAGAACAGCAGCACGAUGUUUCUUGCAGAGCAGAGCAGUUGUAUGGAUGAAUCGAUCUUUGUUCCACCGUGGAUCGAUCUCCAUAGCUGAUGAUGGUUGCGUGGACGUAGUUAUUCUAUAACAACACAAAGAUGGUCAAUUGGGGGUCCUGAGUUUGAACUCACGAUCGAUCGCUUAGUAAGCGAACGCGUAACCAAGUGGCUACGAAGACCCAUACGAUGACAAUCAUUCGAUGUAUUCAUAUUUUGAUUUUGUAUUUGAGUAUUCGAUACAAAAUUAUUCGAUUUUAAUUUCAUACAUUCGAUUAUUUGAACUAAUCGAAAGAUUAACCGACAUCUCUAGGUACUAUAGCCCAGUCGCAGAAUAGGGCGAUGGUUGCGGAAAAAGUGGACUGUGUGGACUUAGAAAUAAUGAAGUUUAUUAGAAAGACGGAUUUGGGGUUUUCCUAGUGAGUAUCACCUGAGACCGGUGUGGUUGCCAAGCAGGGAUGACAGGCAUUUUUUUCAAAUGUCUUCACAUUGUACGUAAAAAUGUCUUCACAUGGUACGAAGAAAUGUCUUCAAAAGUCUUCACAGUCAUAUCGAAAAAAACUAAAAUUCAUAGCUUACAUCUGGACCAAGUUUGAUGGCUUAUUCAAUUGUAUAUUAAUUGGCAUUGUUAUAUAGCACAUUUCACUAAACUUGCCUUGAGGUUUUGUAGUUUAUUUCAAUAAAUGUGAACAAAGAAUAUAUUUCACAACUACGAACUAAAUUUCAUGAGUUUAGAAAUGACAACUAGUCUGAUAUACGGUUGAUUGAGUGAACAUCGCCCCAGUUUUUCAACAAAAACGGAACUGUGAUAACUUAAUUUACUUCAGCUUUGAAGUUUUGGUUGUAGCUCAAACCAUAUCCAUAAAACUGAUUAUUGAAACGGUGUGUAACCGGAAUACCUUCGUUUUGUGAAGUGGUCGUUUGAAGGAUCUAGAUUAAUCUAUUGUAAAAUAAAGGUCCAAAUUAAUAAAAAUACAAUGUCAUAAUCAUUCAAAUUUUCUAGUGCAAAUGAAUUAAUGUCUACUAGAGACAUUAGAGGUCCCUCGUUGUUGAUUUCAUUCUAUUUUUUUUUUCCAACAUAUAUAUUUCAUUAAGGCACAUAUGGCGUUAGCCUGAGGGGGCCGGGAGUUCAAUAUUUUGACAAUUUUUGUCUUACGACUAUGUUAGUAAUAUGUAACCGAUUACUCGCGGUUGGCUCGAGGUUAGUAUUACAAAGAUUCUCAUAAUUGGGAUGUUGCAGUCUCCAGUACUAUGUCUGUGUGGCCGACAUGGGAUACUUCCUAUUGGGGUGCAACUGAUCAUUAAUCAGCGACGCCCCCCUAGUCUGUACUCGAGAAAUCCAGGGUAGAAUAGUCACUGGGCGGUACAAUCUUCAGCUCGUGUAGAGUUGUCAUGAGCGGUACAACCUUUGGCUCUUGUUGAAUGUUCAGUGGCCUGCACAACCUUCGACAUGUGUAUCUGUAAAGAGUAUGUGUAUGUAUUGCCGCGACUAAGUAAAAGUUUAUCGAUCGGAUAGGAGGGAUAUGAUACAGGGAUACAACGGAGGAAACAUCAUUAAACGUUGACAUCGGCGUUUCUGAGGAACAGGUAUAGAUGAAGCAGAAGAUCAGGAUCGCGGCUACCUAAGAUAUCCCGGACGGGGAUAACCGAUUGUCUGCCUAGUGCCCUCAAUGCUCUGGUGAGCUGAGAGCGGGCAGCAUGGAACCGGAUACACGACCAGACAACAUGCUCGAUGUCGUGGUAGCCAUCGCCACAAUCACAAAGAUUGUCUGCUGCGAGCCCAAUGCGAUAAAGAUGCGCGUUUAGGUUGUAGUGAUUGGACAUAAGCCGAGAUAUCACGCGAAUGAAAUCACGACCUACAUUCAAUCCCUUGAACCAUGUACUCGUCGUGACCUUAGGGAUAAUCGUGUGUUCAUAAUUCAUUCUAUAUACUUGUGGAUUUUCUGAAUGUCGGACGACAUCCCAGUGAAAAUGGUCCUCGACAACGAUCCGAUAAGAACGAGAAGAAGAGGUGCGCAGCGGGCAAGAUGGUACGACCAAGUGGAAGCCGACUUGCGGAUCCUACGCAGACUACAUGGCUGGUGACAAACAGCUAUGGACCGAGGUGAAUGAAGACGACUUCCGUGUACAGCACAGGCCACUGGGGCCUUUUGCUGAUUAAACCGACAGCCAUAUGAACGAAUUGCGCAAACAAAAACAAAAGAUGGACCACAAAUCGGGCGAAAACUGUUUAAUGUGCGCGAGAAAGUCGCUCAAUUUUCACCGUAUUCUAGACGAGAACAACGAUACAGAUAAAAGCAGCCACAUUAGCGGUGUACUUUUCCAGCAUUUCUGGUU